CUCCAUGCGCUCGGAGCGGGCGGCGGGGCUGGGGCCGGGCUGGGGCGGCGGCCGCGACAAGCGGUCCAUGGACCCCCCGCUGCAGCAGGAGUCGCCGCGCCGCGACACGGACGCUCCGCCGAACCCGCCGCCGCCGCCUUCCCCGCCGUCCCCGCUGCCGCCGCCGCUUCACCCGGCGCCGGGAAAACAGCGGGAGGAGAAGAAAACGGCACUGAGCAAAGUGGUUAUUCGAAGGCUUCCUCCUUGUCUAACCAAGGAGCAACUGGAGGAACAGCUGCAUCCUCUACCUGCCCAUGAUUAUUUUGAGUUUUGCACUGCUGAUCCCAGAGAACACUUUUUGAGUAUAAAGCAUUGUAUUGCCAUAAUCUGUCACGUUAUGGAUAGUUCACAAGAUUUCAGCAAACUCUGUGCAUGUGUCUUCCAGUCAUUCCAGGUAACAGGAAAAGCUACAGGACAAGGUUUGGAAUAUCCUGCAGUGGUUGAAUUUGCUCCAUUCCAGAAGAUUUCAAAAAAGAAGCUGAAGAAGAAAGAUGCCAAAGCCGGAAGCAUUGAAGAUGAUCCAGAAUAUAGGAAAUUUUUAGAGAGUUAUUGUGCUGAUGAAGAGAAGAUCUGUGCCAAUCCUGAGAUUCUUUUGGGAGAGAUUGAGGCCAAAACAAGGGAACUUAUUGCUAGAAGAACAACACCCCUUUUGGAAUAUAUUAAAAAUAGAAAAUUAGAAAAGCAGAGAAUACGAGAAGAGAAAAGAGAAGAACGGAGGCGGAGAGAAUUGGAGAAGAAACGUUUGCGGGAGGAAGAGAAAAGGAAGCGCAGAGAAGAAGAAAGACGUAAAAGAAAAGAAGUGGAGAAGCAAAAGAAAAUUUCUGAAAAAGAAAUAAGGAUCAAGCUUCUCAAGAAGCCUGAAAAAGGAGAUGAACUGGCCAGUGAAAAGCACAAAGACAAAGGUGAAGAAGCUGACAUUGAGGAAAACAAAUGGGAUAAAUCACCUGGAUCUGGGAGUAUAAAAUCCAAAUCUUUGGAGAGUUCACUAAAAGAACUUAAGGAAAAGUCACAAAAUGAUAGUGACAAAGAGCAAAGAGAUUUGGAGAGAAGAUUUCGAGAAAAAGAACCUGAAAGACAAAGGUAUCGAUUGGAUGAUGGCAGAAAGCAUAGAACUCACUAUGAGUUUGACAAGUUUAUGAGAAGGAAUGAAGAAGAGCUGAAAUGGGGGAAAGGAUACAACCAAGACAGAGGAAAGAAAGGGAACUACAACUACAGCUUCACUGUGGAGGCAGUAGACAAACUGGGUAAAGAGGACAAGUGUGAUGACAUGGCAUCCAAAAAGGAGCGCAUAAGAAAUAAGAGUUGCAAGUGCACAGGCUAUUGUUCUUCUCAGCUGAUGUUAGUGAAGGAUCGUCCAGCAAUGCAGUUAUACCAACCAGGAGCUCGCAUCCGAACACAUAUGGGACCUACAAGUAAAACCUAUGACUGCAGUGGGAAAUCCUUUGAAGAUGCUCUUGAUAAAAAGUAUGAGGCAGAUAAUUCAGCUGGAGCUAGUUCUGGAAAGACUGAAGAAGCAGAAUAAAAGAAUCUGGGGGAAAAGGCUAGCGAAAAGGAAUUAAUUUAAGAUUCGGCAUCAUCACAAAAAAAUCCAUUGGGCUGUUUCAGAACUCCACAGGCAAUUACAUCAACAAAAUUGUAAUAGCUCUGCCUCUUACUUUCUGUAAAAUAAAGGGAAGAGUGACUGGAGAUAUAUAAAAUAUCUUACAGCAAAGGAAUAUUGUUGCUUUUUUACAAAAAGCAGCUCAAACACUCUUUGCCUAACUUAAAAGCAGUUCAAAUAUGCUAUUAGAUUUCCCUUGAAAUAGAAGACCCUCUAACAAUUUUAAGGGAAUAAGACUUUACAGAAACGAUGUCAUUUUCUUGAGUCUAAAGAAAUGAAAUGUAAAUUCGCAUCAGUUUGAAAUCUGAGGCACUUUACAUGUAUUUGGUGCAUGACAUGGGGGCCACAGGACCCGUUCCUGCAAAUGGCAGCGACAGGGGCUGCUGCAGGGAGUUGCAGUCCGACUCGGUGGGACCAGCCCUGGGAUGAAGCUCUGGAGCCAGUGGUAUUUGCAGGAUGAGGCCCACAGUUUGCACAGUUGUGAGGAAUGUCCAUUGGUAUCUGUACCUCAUUGUGUUUACGUUGGUUUUCAAUUAACCAUAGUGUCAGAUAAGUGUUAGUAAAGCUACAAGUACGUCGUUGGAGAGUUUGUCAUUUUCUGAGCUGCUUUUGCCUUUUAUGUUUUAAUAGAUUCCUUGUGCUUAAAACAGAAGACAGCUAAUGCAAACAUCAGCACAUUAACAAUAAAUCUGGUUUUAAUGAAUUAGCUGGUUUUUAUUGUUCUGACACUGACUUUUGGGAAAAAAACCGUGGUUGUACAGUGAUGACUUUUUAUAUGCUAAUGUUUCAUAUAAGUUGCAGUAACAAGAUUUGGAAAAUGUAAGAUACAUGAAUAUUCUGCAGUUUUAUUUGUUAAAAAAUUAAACACACAUGAAUGUCAAUUGCACACUACCAUUUUGUAAGAUCUAGGCCAAAUUCUGCCCUCUAAGCAGGCACGUACACGUAUGUGUGUGGGUGUGGGUGUGUGGGGGUGUGUGUAUGUAUCUUUUGUUGGUUUCAAUGAUAGCUGUGUGUUUAUGAAAGGGCAGGACAUGUUCAUUUAUCUUUCAUGGCUGAAAAUUUCUCAGUUGUCUAAAACUGAGACCUGCUUUGUCAUUGAAGCGAAAUAGUAAGAUAUUAAUUUAUUUUUACAUCCUCUCUAAACAUUUUAUUAAGCAUAACAUCUAAUUGUCCUAGACUGAACGAUUAUUUAUUGCAUUGUACAGAUAUUAAGCAUUAAAUAGAAUAAAAGAAAAAAAGAUUUUGACUAUGA